AUGACAAUUACGACAAAAAAAUUCUACCUUCUAUCGUUAUUGUGCUUAACAUUUUUAUGGACGAUAGUAAGAUGUCAGAAUAGUUUAAAUAUUAUAAGACAGUGGGUGGCACUGGAGUUCGAAUAUCCCAAUGAAGAAUCUCGCGUCAGAGCUAUAGCUAAUAAGUAUUAUGUUCCCGGUUUAUCAGUGCCUGUUGAUGUUGACGCAUAUUAUGGAUACGGGUCACAAAAUCCUCGAAUCUUCAUCACAGUACCUCGGAUUAAUGUCGGCCGACCAAUAACGUUGGGUACGCUGGAUGAAAAUGGGCUCAUAUCAGGCUACCCAGACUAUUCUUGGAACGAUAACCAAGGAAGAAAUUGUGAAGGACUCACUUCUGUGUUCAGAGUCGCUAUUGACAAUUGCCAUCGAUUGUGGGUUAUGGAUACUGGCCUCAUUGGCAGACAACAAAAGUGCCGGCCACAACUUCUUGCAUUCGACUUAAGAACAGAUCAAUUAAUUUAUCGCCACAGAGUGCCUUCAGAAAAUUUUAUGGCAAAUUCACAAUUUGUAACUCCGGUAGUGGAUGUAAGGGGUUCUGGUCCAGAUGACUGUGCUGAUACAUUUGUAUAUGUGGCUGAUGUGUUUGGCUUUGGACUACUAGUAGUUGACGUCGCCAGAAAUCGUUCUUGGAGAGUCACUCAUAGAUAUUUCUACCCAUAUCCUUCACGCGGCCUCUUUAAUAUUGACGGGCAAAUCAUCGAGAAUAUGGACGGUGUUUUGGGCAUGGCAUUAUCACCAUACAUUAAGGGAUGUGAUCGUUUGUUAUAUUUUCACUCAUUUGCUUCGACCACUGAAAAUGUAGUGAGAACAAGCUUAUUACGAAAUGAUUCAUUUAUUCAAAAUUCAAAUGCCAAUCCCACUUCUAAGGGCAACGUCUUUCGAGAAGAACGUCCAAGUCAGUCUGCGGCACAAGCAAUGGAUAACGAUGGCGUUUUAUAUUUCGGUCUCAUAGAACCGCUAAGCAUAAUGUCCUGGAACACGUCCACAAAUUUCUCUCCCCAUAAUUUUAACCAGAUUGCAGUCAAUGGAGAGUUAUUACCCAUUUCAUUCGGUAUGAAAGUUGUUAACAAUCCUAAAGGUCAUCAAGAAUUGUGGCUAAUGACAACAAACUUGUACAGAACACUUACUAGGACUCUCACACCAGACAGAAUAAAUUUCAUAAUUCAUGCUGGAGACAUUCCAGCAUUUGAAAAGUAGAAGACGAUAUUAAAAAACAGAGAA